AUGGAAAGUUCAACUAAGAUGGCAUUCAUGGUGACUAUGGCAAGUCUAUUUUUCUUCCAAUUCCUAUCUGGUUCGUAUUCAACCAGACUGACCAUCAUCAACAAGUGCAGCUACACAGUUUGGCCAGCAAUUUUAUCCGUCACCGGAAGCUCGCCGCUCUCCACCAGCGGCUUCGUCCUCCAACCGGGACACUUCAAGAUCGUCCCUGUUCCUCCCGCUUGGUCCGGGCGACUAUGGGGACGUACUCUCUGCUCCCUAGACAUUACCAGCACCAAGUUCUCAUGUGUCACCGGUGACUGUGGCUCCACCACCAUAGAAUGCGUUGGAGGAAACGCCGCCCCACCGGUUACUCUGGUGAAGUUCACUCUGAACGGCACAGGCGGGCUCGACUUCUACGAAGUGAGUCUCGUCGACGGUUUCAACCUCCCCGUGAGGGUGGAGCCUCGUGGCGGCAGGAACCGCAGGGCUACUGGUUGCGAGAUGGACUUGAACUUAUCGUGUCCGACAGAGCUUAAGGUGAUAAGAGACGGAGACGCCGUGGCGUGCAAGAGCUCGUGCCAAGCAGAGCCAUGCUUGACUUCACAGUUUUUCAAGACUGCAUGCCCAGGCGCUCACGUCCAUGCUUAUACUUGUUCUUCUCAUGAUUAUACUAUCACUUUCUGUCCCCCACCCACACCCUCUUCCAGUUAUCAAGAAAUAUCCAGGGGAAGCGGCGGUGGACAACCCGGGAGCUCACCCAUCAACGUCGUCGUUGCCGUGGUUGUUGCUCUUGCUUCUGUUUGUGGCCUAUUUAUAGCAUGCAAAAUAACCAUUCGCUUAUCAAAUGGAGAUUGUGUCUUCGGCAUCGGCGCCGGAACUAGAACUGGAACAAUCCAAGAUGUCACUGUUUAAAAACUACGCUAGCGCUGGGUCCUCUUAUUUGUUACAAUAUUUUUCUAUUUUACAAACUCGCAUUAUGUUGUGUAAUGUUUUUGAAUGAUGGUGUUGCGCCUUUGGAAAGAGAGUAGGGGUAGUGAAUGUUUAAUAAAGAUCUUGGUGCAGUCUUCCUAAACACCUUGAGAAUAGCUUCUAUCGUCAGCAACAUUUCCCCUCCGUG